AUGCAUGUUUCUGCUGCAGGCGUCUCAUCUUGUUUCAUUCUUUUGUAUUUCACGUUACUCUUCAUGCUGCAUGUUGCACAACAUGUAGUUACUGCAGGAAACAUUUUGAGUGCAACCAUUACCACAGUUGCUGGUACUGGAACAGCUGGUUUUUCAGGUGAUAAUGGACAAGCAACAAGUGCAAACUUACGAGCUCCUAUUGGUGUCUUUGUAAGGAGUAGUGGUGAAAUGUACAUUUCAGAUCAAUCGGGUAGCCAUCGUAUUCGAAAAGUAUCUUCAACUGGAAUUAUUAACACCAUUGCAGGCACAGGUACGAAUGGCUAUAAUGGUGAUAAUAUUGCUGCAACUGCUGCACAAUUGAAUCUUCCUCAAAAUACGUUUGUUACCUCUUCAGGUGAAAUCUACAUUGCUGACAAUACGAAUCAUCGUAUUCGAAAAAUUGAUACGAGUGGUAAAAUAUGGACGGUAGCUGGUACAGGAACUCUUGGAACAGCUGGCGAUGGUCAAUUGGCCAAGAAUGCACAACUCAGUCUACCUCGAAGUGUUUUUGUCACUCCAUCUGGUGAAAUGUAUAUUGCUGAAUGGGGUAGAGUUCGAAAAGUCAAUGCGAAUGGAUACAUUUCAACCUUUGCAGGAACAGGUGUUCAAGGAAACACAGGCGACAAUCAAUUAGCAACUAGUGCUCAACUCUACAUGCCUUAUUAUGUUUUUGUGGAGAGUAAAUCGGGAGAGGUGUAUAUCGCUGAUUAUUAUGCUCAUGUCAUUCGAAAAGUGAAAACGAAUGGAAUUAUUGUCACUAUUGCAGGCACAGGUACGAAUGGAUAUAACGGAGACAAUAUUGCUGCAACUUCAGCCCAAUUAGAUAGUCCUUCAUGUGUCGUGGUAUCGAAUUUCGGUGAGAUAUUCAUCUCAGAUGCAGUCAAUAAUCGAAUUCGAAAAAUCGAUCGGAAUGGUAUCAUUUCCACAGUUGCUGGUACUGGAACUGCAGCCUUUGCAGGAGAUGGAGGUUUACCUCAAAAUGCUCAAUUGAAAAGACCAAUGACCCUCUCUAUUCCUGAUGGUAGUUCAGACAUCUUUUUUUCCGAUUAUGGCAAUCUUCGAAUUCGAAAGAUUUCAAUAACGUGUCAAAGUGGAUAUGGAGGUGCUAAUUGUGAUAUAUUCACGUGUUCCUCCAUACCUGCAACGGAUCCUACCGUUUGUUCAGGACACGGUACUUGUGGAGCACCUAACUCGUGCUCAUGUCAUUCGGGUUAUAGUGGAUCGAACUGUGAAAUGCUGCCCAUCACAUGUUAUGGAUUAGCCAGUACGGAUUCGAAUGUUUGUUCAGGCCAUGGUACAUGCACUGCCUCUGACACUUGUCAAUGCUCAUGGAACUACACAGGCAGUAAUUGUGAACUUCCCAAAUGCAAUGGAAUUGCUUCCAAUGAUCUCAUCCAUGUUUGCUCUGGUCAUGGAACAUGUACAGGAGUCGAUACUUGUUCAUGUCAAACAGGUUACACGGGACAGUUUUGUUCUGAAGCUAUUUGUAAUAAUAAGGCCGCGAGUGCACCAGAUGUAUGUCAUGGACAUGGUUCAUGCAAUGCUCCAAAUACAUGUCUCUGUUCCAACAAUUACACAGGUUCUGAUUGUGAAAUUCCAACUUGUUAUGGAAUUCCUUCCAAUGAUUCUAGAGUUUGUAGUGGAAAUGGAUCUUGUGUGAGUCCUCAAACGUGUGAAUGUAAUCAUUUGUAUGGUGGUUCCAAUUGUUCCAUUCCCAAAUGUUUCAACUUGAUGGAUCCAACAAUGGUCUGUUCUGGUCAUGGUACUUGUCUCGCUCCUGAUCAAUGUCAAUGCGAUUCUCAGUGGUCUGGAAUUCAAUGUGAAAUUCCAAAAUGUUAUGGCUACUCGGCGACACUAGUUUCAAACGUACAGUAG